GGAAAAUUUUCGCGGGAAGAACCUUGCUGUUUGCCGACCUCGGCACAGACGAUACCGUAAACUUCAAAAAAUCAGAGGGCGACGCUCGGAUGCUCGCUAGAAUGGAAGCAUAGAGUCGAAGUAACCUCUCGCCAUGGCUGCUGUGCAUUCUUUCUUAACCCCUUCCAUUUCCACCCCAAAACCCCUUCCUCAACGAAACGUGGUCCUUUACGCCAAACCCACCUCCUCUCUCCCCUUCUCCACACCCUUUCCUUCUCUUUCUAACCUUCGGAGAUAUCGUUUUAAUCAACGUACACGGAUAUCUGCGUCUCUUACGGAUAAUUUGGUUCGUUUUAGGAAGAGUUUGAGUGAUUUUACAAGCUUGAACUACUGGGUCGUUAGGGACUAUUAUCGUUUGGUGGAUUCUGUCAAUGCUCUUGAGCCGCAGAUUCAGAGGCUAUCCGACGAACAGCUGGCAGCUAAAACUGCCGAGUUCAAACAAAGAUUGAGCCUAGGAGAGACACUUUCGGAUAUUCAAGCUGAGGCAUUUGCUGUUGUUCGUGAGGCAGCAAAAAGGAAGCUUGGGAUGCGCCAUUUUGAUGUUCAGAUUAUUGGUGGAGCAGUACUUCAUGAUGGUUCUAUUGCUGAGAUGAAAACAGGGGAGGGGAAAACAUUGGUUUCAACAUUACCCGGAUAUCUUAAUGCACUUACUGGUGAGGGUGUCCAUGUGGUAACUGUGAAUGAUUACCUUGCACAACGUGAUGCUGAGUGGAUGGGUCGCAUUCAUCGCUUUUUAGGUCUUUCAGUGGGUCUUAUUAAGAAGGGGAUGUCUUCUGAAGAGAGGAGAUUGAACUACCAGUGUGACAUAACAUACACCAAUAACUCAGAACUUGGUUUCGAUUACCUACGAGAUAAUCUUGCUGGAAACAGUGAUCAACUUGUCAUGAGAUGGCCGAAGCCAUUCAAUUUUGCAAUUGUUGAUGAAGUUGAUUCUGUCCUCAUUGAUGAAGGAAGAAAUCCUUUGUUAAUAAGUGGUGAGGCUAACAAAGAUGCUGCAAGGUAUCCAGUUGCUGCUAAAGUUGCUGAGCUGCUGAUACGGGGUCUUCAUUACAAUGUGGAGCUUAAAGACAAUUCAGUUGAGUUGACUGAAGAAGGAAUAGCACUUGCAGAGAUGGCUCUUGAAACAAACGAUCUGUGGGAUGAAAAUGAUCCCUGGGCAAGAUUUGUGAUGAAUGCCCUGAAAGCUAAAGAAUUUUAUCGCCGGAAUGUUCAGUAUAUUGUAAGAAAUGGGGAAGCUCUCAUAAUCAAUGAGCUAACUGGCAGAGUUGAAGAGAAAAAGAGAUGGUCUGAUGGGAUUCACCAGGCUGUAGAGGCUAAAGAAGGUUUGAAGAUAAAGGCUGAUUCAGUUGUUGUGGCUCAAAUCACAUACCAAUCACUGUUUAAGCUCUAUCCAAAACUCUCAGGGAUGACUGGAACAGCAAAAACUGAAGAGAAAGAGUUCUUAAAAAUGUUCCAGAUGCCUGUCAUUGAAGUUCCCACAAAUCUUCCAAACAUUCGGAAAGAUUUAUCCAUACAAGCUUUUGCUACUGCCCGGGGGAAAUGGGAAUAUGUUAGCCAAGAAGUUGAACACAUGUUUAGACAGGGUCGUCCUGUUUUAGUUGGGACUACUAGUGUUGAGAAUUCUGAAUAUCUGUCUGAUUUGCUGAAGGAGAGGAAUAUCCCCCACAAUGUUUUAAAUGCACGACCCAAGUAUGCAGCAAGAGAAGCCCAAAUUAUUGCCCAGGCAGGGCGAAAGUAUGCUAUCACCAUUUCUACAAAUAUGGCUGGUAGAGGCACGGACAUAAUUCUUGGAGGAAAUCCAAAAAUGCUUGCCAAAGAAAUCAUGGAGGACAGCUUGCUUUCAUUUUUGACAAGAGAAGAUCCUAAUACUGAAAUUGAUGACAAGGCAAUUUCCCAAAAGGUCUUGUCAAAGAUAAAGGUUGGGCCAUCAUCAUUGGCUUUGCUAGCUAAGACUGCUCUGAUGGCAAAAUAUGUUGGUAAAAGUGAGGGAAAGAGCUGGACAUAUCAGAAGGCCAAAUCUAUGAUCUCAGACUCUGUGGAAAUGAGUCAGUCAACUCCAUUAAAAGAGUUGCAGAAGCUUGUUGAUGAACAAUCUGAGAUGUACCCUCUUGGACCUACCAUAGCUAUAGCUUAUCUGUCAGUUCUGAAGGAUUGUGAAGCACACUGUGCCAAUGAAGGGACUGAAGUGAAAAGGCUUGGGGGGCUUCAUGUGAUUGGAACAUCCUUGCAUGAAUCUCGAAGAAUAGAUAACCAGCUCCGCGGUAGAGCAGGAAGGCAAGGAGAUCCAGGAUCGACAAGAUUUAUGGUGAGCUUGCAAGAUGAGAUGUUUCAAAAGUUUAAUUUUGAUACCGAGUGGGCUGUGAAGCUUAUUUCAAGAAUUACAAAUGAUGAAGAUAUACCAAUUGAAGGUGAUGCAAUUGUAAAGCAGCUUUUAGGCCUGCAAAUCAAUGCAGAGAAGUAUUUCUUUAAUGUGAGAAAGGGCCUUGUGGAAUUUGAUGAAGUUUUAGAGGUUCAAAGAAAGCAUGUCUAUGAUUUGAGACAGUUGAUUCUAACAGGUGAUGAUGAGAGCUGUUCUCAACAUAUAUUCCAAUACAUGCAAGCAGUGGUAGAUGAGAUUGUCUUUGGAAAUGCUGAUCCAUUGAAGCAUCCAAGAUACUGGAGUCUGGCUAAGCUCUUGAAAGAGUUCAUUGCAAUUUCGGGGAAGCUAUUUGAUGACUCAUUUAUGGGGAUUACUGAGGAAGAUUUACAGAAAUCUCUUGAACAACUACAUCAAUCAAGUUCAGUAGACGUUGAUAACUUUUACCUUCCUAAGUUGCCAAAACCUCCAGAUUGCUUCAGAGGAAUCCGCAGGAAAAAUUCAUCAUUAAAACGGUGGCUUGCUAUUUGCUCUGAUGAUUCAGCAAAGAGUGGAAGAUACCGACCUACCACUAAUCUUCUACGCAAAUACCUUGGGGAUUUUUUAAUUGCUUCAUAUUUGCAUGUUGUGCAAGAAUCUGGUUAUGAUGAUGCAUAUGUAAAAGAAAUUGAGAGAGCAGUUCUUCUCAAGACACUGGAUUGUUUCUGGAGGGAUCAUCUUGUAAAUAUGAACAGGCUGAGUUCAGCGGUGAACGUUAGAAGUUUUGGACACAGAAAUCCUCUUGAAGAAUAUAAAAUUGAUGGGUGCCGAUUUUUCAUCUCAAUGCUCAGUGCAACAAGAAGGUUAACUGUAGAAUCACUCUUGCAAUACUGGUCAUCCCCUGUGGAGUCUGAAGAACUGUUUGCAUCAUAAAAUUAACCAAAGGUUUGCAUCAAUUCUGUCUCCUUGGAAUCUAAUUUCUAUACUACACAGUAUUGGGUUUUCUAUGAAUCUCAUCCAAGAGAAGUCAAAGGAGAAAUGGUUAUGAUGUACCUCUCUAUUUCGAUUUUAAGUUUACCUGGAGCAUCCUGCCAUUGCUCUGCUAUGAAUCUCUUUUGUGCUGGCAGGUGACUAAAGAAGUCAGGAUAUCUCUAGCAACAACCAAUAAGGUUUUGUUGAUGACAUGGGUUGGAAAAGCUUAUUGGUCCAAAGGUUACAUUUCUUCAGCUUCUGAUAACUUAAUAUCUCAGGCUUACUGACUUUGCUACAGCCAACAUGUCUCUUGCUGCAUCUAUUUUUUAUUCUUGACGUUUGCAGUAUGACCAGGAAAUUUUGUUGGAAAUUUUUGAUUUCUUUAUGUCGUUAUCUUGUGAAAAGGAACGUAGGUGUUGAAAUAAUUCAUAUAUGCUAAUAAGUGAAAGCUUCAACAAUAAUAUUAUGAAAAAUAUUGCCACAAACAUCCUACGUCCAUAAAUGUGCAAUGACACU